GUUCUGAACUAGCAAGACCAAGAUGGCUUCCAUUCGCAUUAGAAUUUUAUCAAGUUUUCAACGUUUCUCAAAGAUUAUAUCGCCCAGCAUCCACCAUGCUAAACCAUCUGGAGCUUUACUUUCCAAGAGAGAGCUUUCGAGCGAGAGUCAUUCGGACCACCCCUUUCCAUCUGUGAAAGGCCGUAAUUUCUUGACUCUCAAGAACUUUACUAGUGAUGAGAUUCAUUAUCUUCUCUGGUGUGCCGCUGAUCUCAAAGCGAGAUUUAAAGACCCCAACUGGAAAUAUCUAUCUGAGUCCUUUAGUCCUCUGAGUGGAAAAUCAGCUGCCCUCAUUUUCCUAAAGCGCAGUACUAGAACACGCAUUUCCAUGGAAACAGGUCUGUCUUUACUUGGCUGUCAGCCUGUGUUUCUCACUGAUAAGGACAUCCACCUUGGAGUUAAUGAGAACAUUUAUGAUACAGCAAGAGUCUUGUCUGGGUUUGUUGACAUCAUCCUUGCACGUGUGAAUAAACAAGAGGAGGUUGAGUCAUUAGCUAAUAAUGCAACUGUACCAGUCGUCAGUGGCCUUUCAGACCUCUACCAUCCCUUGCAAAUUCUGGCAGAUCUACAAACUCUGCAGGAACAUUUUGGUUCUCUGUAUAACCACACAGUAGCAUGGGUUGGAGAUGGCAAUAAUAUCUUGCAUUCCUUUUUGAUGGCUGCGCCAAAGAUGGGAAUGAAACUACAAAUAGCCACUCCCAAGGGCUAUGAUCCAGACCCAGAAAUUCUCAAAGAUGCCAUGGAAUUUGCCAAAGAGUUUAAGACGACAAUCGAGUUAACAAGAGACCCUCGUGAAGCAUGUGAAAAGGCAGAUGUCGUGGUAACGGACACAUGGGUUAGCAUGGGACAGGAGGAGGAGUCAGCGGCGAGACUCAAGGCUUUCCAGGGUUACCAAGUCAACAAAGAGUUAAUGAGCCUGACCAAUCAGGACUCGGUAUUCCUGCACUGUCUGCCACGCCACCCAGAGGAGGUGACGGAUGACGUCUUCUAUUCCGAAAAAUCCCUUAUAUGGCAAGAAGCCGAGAACCGGAAGUGGACAGCUAUGGCGGUUAUGCUGUGUCUUCUGGAAAACCACACACCAAACAUUCCCAUGCCGACUUUCUGAAGCAAUCAUGUCUAGUACAUAGGAAAUAUUCAGGUUUUAGGAAGAUCGAUAGCCAGGAUGUGGCGGAUGGGGGCUCGCUCACCUAUUCGGGACAUGCUGGCGUCUUGUGGCUAGUUUGAGCUAGACGUUGUCAUCAAUGCUGGAUGUGUCGACCCGCUGUUUGCAUAGUACUUUGCUAUGUUUCUGAGGCCUUCGUCUAGCGCCGUUCUUUUCGUUUGAGUUCUAAAUACUUAUAAACAAGUAUGCAUUUGCAUUUAGAACGGAACACAAAAAGAACGUUGUUUUCCCUAGAACAUUGCUUAGCUAAUUGUGAUAAACAUGUUUGAAACUCGAUAGGACGAAUAAACGCAGAGAAAAAUA